AUGUCCGAUCAUCAUCACGACGAUGAACCACUAUUCCCAUUGGAAAUGGGUGAACAUCGAUUCACUCUGGAAGAUGCGAAUCAAACAUUAACGAAUCAUGAUACAUCGACUGUAAUCGAUAACGAUGAUGACAAUCGAUUUGUCGAUAAUGAUACAGGUGUUGAUCUCACACCAACAAAUCAAAUUGAAACAGUUCAAAUAACGGAAAAGACUGUUAAUCCACAAGGUGAACGAGUCUCUCCACAUGAUUUUCAAUUAUUAAAAGUGCUCGGUAAAGGUGGCUACGGGAAAGUUUUUCAAGUCAGAAAAGUAUUGGGUAGUCAUCAAAAUGAAAUCUUCGCAAUGAAAGUUCUCAAAAAAGCUACAAUUGUACGAAAUGCGAAAGACACCGCUCAUACAAAAGCCGAAAGAAAUAUUCUUGAAUGUGUCAAAUGUCCAUUUAUCGUCGAUCUUAUGUAUGCCUUUCAAACAGGUGGAAAAUUAUAUUUAAUAUUAGAAUACUUAUCGGGUGGAGAGUUAUUUAUGCAAUUAGAACGAGAAGGAAUAUUUAUGGACGAGAUGGCUUGUUUUUACUUAUCGGAAAUUUUGCUAGGCUUAGAGCAUUUACAUAAAGAAGGAAUUAUCUAUAGAGAUCUUAAACCAGAAAAUAUUUUACUAGAUGCACAAGGUCAUGUUAAACUGACAGAUUUCGGUUUAUGUAAAGAAUCUAUAUAUGAAGGAGGACAGACGAAUACAUUUUGUGGUACUAUUGAGUAUAUGGCACCGGAAAUCUUAACAAGAAGUGGUCAUGGUAAAUCAGUAGAUUGGUGGUCAUUUGGUGCGUUGAUGUAUGAUAUGCUAACGGGUGCUCCACCAUUUACAGCUGAUGACCGGAAACGUACAAUGGACAAGAUUAUUAAAGCAAAAUUAGUUCUACCAGCUUAUUUAACUCUAGAUGCAAAGGAACUUAUACGAAGUCUACUUCGCCGACAAGUUAGUCAUCGACUCGGCAAUGGUCCCGAAGAUGCUGAAGCAAUCAAAGCUCAUUCUUUUUUCCGCCAUCUCAACUGGGACGAUGUCUACGCGAAACGAUAUGAUCCACCACAUAAACCAGUGCUCAAAGGAGAUGAUGACGUCAGUCAAUUUGAUACUAAAUUUACUAAACAAACACCUGUAGAUUCACCAGAUGAUAACAUGUUAAGCGAAAGUGCGAAUCAAGUCUUUCUUGGAUUCACAUAUGUUGCUCCAUCAAUUAUCGAAGAUAUGAGUCGUUCACACUUUGCGUUCAACAACGGACAUCGAUCACCAAGAAAAAUUCUUUCGCCUGAAACAGCUAUUCAAGCAUUCAACUUUAAAAUGUCAGGAUCAAAUGGUAUGAUGGAACAUCCAGGAGCAGCAUCAAUUGAAGCAAUGGAUACAGGUGAUAGCGUAAAUCCGAUGUCAUCAUCUGCAUCGCGAUUUCCUGGAAAAUCAACGAUAACUACGAAACAAAACAUAGUUAAUACCGGUCUUCCACAAUAA